GGAGGGAAAACUAACCGUGGUUAGUUUAGCUGUUUAGGUUAAGAGGGUUUUACGCGCGCUCGGCUUUACAAAAGUUGACUCGUGGUUAGAGAAAUGGGUGUACGGUGGCAAUGAGGCAGCAAGCAAUGGCAGGUGUACAUGAGAAGGCGUUGAGCACUUGAAGAGUUAAACGUUACAGAAGGGGGGAGAGAGAGAGAGAGAAGUUCGUCUCUGUCUCAGUCUCUCACUCUAGGAAGUAUAAAAGGAAGGGAGAAGGGAGUGGGUGAGGUGUAGAGUCCCACAUUGAAGGCUCUGUAGGGCACCUGAUUUUAUAAAGGUCUCUUUGUCUGUCUGRUGUUAAGGUUUGUUGUCUGAAAGGUCUGAAGUUUCGAGGGUCGUCUUUCAUUUCUCUGUUGCAUUUUGUUUCGUUUUUCAGAACUGUUCGUACUCUCUUGAUCUCUCACAGAGAGAGAGGGAGGGAGGGGAUGGGUUCUGCCAUUGUUGGAGAGCAGUUGAACUUGGAAGGGAGGUACGAGGACAGUAGCAGCAAUAAGCGGGACAUGGGUUCUACAAGAAAAGAGGAGAAAGAUCAACUGUACUGGGAGCUUUGGCAUGCAUGCGCUGGUCCCCUCGUUACUGUUCCUCGAAUUGGGGAGCUGGUCUUCUACUUCCCUCAAGGACACAUCGAACAGGUUGAGGCAUUUACAACAAAUGACCGUACUAUGCCAUUGCCGAUCUACAGUCUCCCAUCAAAGAUCCUCUGCAGGGUUGUCAACGUUGAACUAAAGGCUGAAGUGGAGACAGAUGAGGUGUACGCCCAAGUAACAUUGCUUCCAGAGACGAAGGAGUCGUCUAGUCUGGAUAAAGGAAAUUUUGAGUCUUUUCCUCGAAGGCCUCAAGUGUACUCCUUUUGCAAGAUUCUCACUGCAUCUGAUACAAGCACACAUGGCGGGUUCUCUGUUCUUAAGAGACAUGCUGAUGAAUGCCUUCCACCUCUGGACAUGUCCAAGCAACCGCCAUCACAGGAACUGGUAGCAAAAGACCUUCAAGGGGUAGAGUGGCGUUUCCGCCACAUAUAUCGUGGUCAACCAAAGCGACAUCUACUUACCAGUGGAUGGAGUACUUUUGUCAGUGCAAAGAGGCUUGUUGCUGGGGACACUUUUAUUUUCCUUAGGGGAGAAAGUGGAGAACUUCGUGUUGGAGUUCGUCGUGCUAUGAAGCUUCAAAACAAUACUUCAACAUCUGUCAUAUCUGGUCAUAGCAUGCAACUUGGCAUUCUUGCCACUGCGUCCCAUGCCAUUUCUACUGGGACCAUGUUCAGUGUGUAUUACCGGCCUAGGACAAAUCCAUCUGAAUUCAUAAUUCCUUGUGAUCAAUACAUGACAUCAGUUAGUAAUUUGCAUUCAAUUGGAAUGAGAUUCAGGAUGAAGAUUGAGUCUGAAGAAUGCCCAGAGCAAAGACUUGCAGGAACUGUAGUUGGUAUAGAAGAUGCUGACCCAGUUAGCUGGCCUGGUUCGAAGUGGAGGUGUCUCAAGGUACAGUGGGAUGAAACCCCUACAACAGUUGUACUUCCUGACAGGGUUUCUCCAUGGAAGAUUGAAUCAUUUGAAGCCAGUGACAUGAGACAACUUUCAUUUCUACCACAAUCAAAGAGAAUGCGUACUCUGCGUUCAGCACCUCUUGAAUCAUCCACUAUGGUAGUGGCGGAUGGCUUAUCACAGCGUUCAAUCAAGCAUGCACCAGCUCAGGGACAGUCAGGGGUCUUGCAAGGUCAAGAAAUUGGGGCCAYAAGUGCUCACAGAUUAGGAAGCAUACAGAAUGCAUCUUUGUUGCACUUGGUUACUCCCACAAGCUCUGAUAAAGUUCAAGCACAAAUGUCGUUGGAGAAUAAUUUGUCCCUUCCAAUGCAUGAUCCACUGUAUCUUUAUCCUGGCAAUGCCCUACCUAUCCCCAAUGGAAUUUCACAGGAUUCAGGACUGAAUGGCUACUGGCCGACACCAUUUUCCUUGUAUGUGUCCGGGAAUUGCUCUUUUUCAGAUGUUGGUUCCCAGAGUUCUGGAUUUCAAGGAAAGAGGGCUCCUGAUCCUGGGGAAGUAUUUGAGAUGCCAUCUACCCAACCAAAACGCAGUGGCACUUGCAUGCUCUUUGGUGUCAAUUUAACUAAAAAUCCAAUGGAGCAUCUAUCAUCACAUACCAUGGUUCCUGGCGUUGUCUGGCAUCCUUCCCCUGUUCCUAUGGUGGCAUCCCAAUCGGGCACAUCAGACUCUGUGCAGCUCUCAGAGCCAUCCAAGAAUAUGAAGUCAUCUAAUUCCAGUGAAUCUGGUGGCCUUGUGGAGAAGCCGUGCAAAAGUUGUUGCUCAGUUACUACCCGGAGUUGCACAAAGGUCCACAAGUAUGGGACUGCUCUUGGGCGAUCGGUGGACCUCACAAGAUUCAAUGGGUAUGAUGAACUUGUACAUGAGCUUGACCGAAUGUUCGAAUUCAAUGGGAAGCUGAAGGACCAAAGCAAUGGCUGGGAGGUUGUAUACACAGAUAAUGAAGGCUACACAAUGUUGAUGGGGGAUACUUCGUGGCUGGAAUUCCGGUCCAURGUGCGAAAGAUGUUAAUCUGCCCAAAGGAAGAGGUCGAUGAGUUGAGAAGAAGUAUGAAAAUCUCUUGAAUCUCUCUCUCCCAGAGUCUCAGAGAUAGGGAGAAGAUCUAUUGGAGUCGUACAUAUAACAUACAUGGAAUAAUGUGAAGGGUGCAUGCAGACAGACAUGCUCCACUGCGGUAGAUGGCCUAAGAUGUAUUUCGUUCCUUCUAUAAACGGGCGGCCUUUGCUUUGUUCCAAUGGGUUUUUCUUCUGUGGAGCAAAGCUUAACAGCUUAAUUGGUGGGUGCAAAAUUAGACUAAUCCCAUCAGUGCCCGUUUGGAGGGCUGAAGUGCAGCUGCGCCUAUGACCUUCCAGGGUGGGCCCCACAUCUAGAAAGCCCAAAUUGGCUGAUGGUCAUUUGAAGGGCUGUCUGCUUUGAUAUGUGACGCUUUCAGUGUUGCUUGAACUGACUUGGGCUUUCCUUAUGCCAGAAUCCACUGUGUAAAGGCCCUCCCAAUCCCAAACAGACUUUAAAUAGUUUAUCCAGAGCUGAAUGGAACAUCUUCAGCCCAGCCCUGAGCCCCUCCCUGGACAUAGUAGUCCUUUCGUGCGGUUCCCGGCGGCAUUGGGCAGGUGAUUAGGCAUAUUCCCUCGUACCAUCAAUACUGAAAAGCUGGUACUGGAAUUUCCACGCUCUAUCCCUUUCUGUGGCCGGAAAGGCCCACUCUGUUACAUUACAGCACUUGAUGACUGCUGUACCGUCCAAAUCCCCAAAGUAGUUUGGGAUGCCAAGCUGAAGCUUGAUACAAAAUUUCAAAUACAAUCAAUUAAUCAAUCAUUAUGUACCCAAUUGCGUACUCCAUUGUUGAAAGAAACGAUUCAUAUCACAGAAA